AAACUAUGGAAGGAGAGACUUUUGUCAAUAAUAUGUACAGUGGUGAAUUGGACGACAAACUCUUCUCAGAAGACAGUACUAUGUACAUGGAUAUAGAAUCUUGUGAUCCGGGGAACUCCGGCAUAAUUGGCAAACAGUCAAACGAAGUCAGUACACGGCAUGACGGAGUUGGUAUAAAGAGGUCUUCAUGUUACAUAGUUUCAGGUCUCAUUUUUGUUGCUAAAGUGUUUUCUGGAAUUAUAAAUGUUGUGCAUUUGAUUAAGAGUGAUUGCUUUAAUAUACCGGAAGGGUAUGUUCUCCUCCCAAAGCAAUACGUAUUCAAGGGAAAGGAUAUAGUUCACACAAAUUAGCUAUCGCAAAACGUAACCACGGCACUCAAGUCUACAAUCAAGGGAAAGGAUAUAGUUUACACAAAUCAGCUAUCGCAAAACGUAACUUCGACACUCCAGUCUACAGACGUUACAACAAGCGUGGGAAUGAAGAAUUCAACAAUAUCCUACGUAAACCAGGCAUCAGUACUUACCAAUGCUACAACGCAAGAAUUGAAGAACUUCACAACAUUCUCCACAGACCUAGUAUCUGAAUCUACCGUUACCACAACACAGGCAUCGAACAAUACAACCACAUUCUAUGUAACAAUUGCAACCGUCUCGUUUGACCUUACACCAAAGGAAUUGGAGAAGUCAACGACUUCCUUUGUAAGCUCGACUAACAAAUCUACCGAUGGUACAACGCGCGAAAUGACGACUUCAAAACCAUCUCCCAUAACUUCGGCAUUUGAAUCUACCAAUGCAACAACGCCACUUGAUACGAAGAGUUCAAAAACAUUUUCCGAAAAUACACUAGAAACUUUAACAAUAUUGACUGGGACGACUGAACAAAUACGUACAGAGUCGAAAGGAUGCCCAGCUGGGUGGUUGAUAUACGGCUCAUCAUGUUAUUUUCUCAGUAUCCAACAAGCAACUUGGUCUGAGGCAUUCAUCGAUUGUACAAGCUUUGGAGGUUAUCUAGUUGAAAUAAACGAUGCGGCUGAAGACCAGUUUUUGACUGAACAAGUAAAACGUGGGAAGGGUAUGUAUAGAUUGGCUCAAACUGAAUUUAGUUUAUCCAAAUAAUAUAAAUCCUCUCUUCAAAGAGGGAUGUUUAAAUCCAUAAUGUUAAUGUCAAUCCUUUUAAUGUUAAAUAUCCAAUCUGGUAAUAUUUUAUUAAGAAAUACAGGAAAGUUUACAAAGUAAGUUCUA